GAUUGUAUAUAAAGAAGAAGAAGAAAAAAAAGUGAAAGAUUAGAACGAAUGGCUUGCGGAAGAUUGAUAACAACAACAACAAUAAUAAUAAUUACUUGAACAAUUCAACAAACAAUAAUAGUGUUGUAUACAAUUAACAAUUAACAAAAAGUGAUAUGCAAACAAAACGAAAAACAACCAAAACUCAAGAAUCAUCAGACAAUCGUGGGCGAAAACGAAAUCGUGAUACAAGUACAGAAAAAGUCAAAAUGGAAGAUAAUAGAUCAGUAGACGAUGAAUAUCAAUUGGAAAUGCCAAAGUCAUUAAAAGAUAUAUUGAUAGAAGAUUGGGAAAAUAUUAAUAAAGAAGAUCAAAUUGUAGUUUUACCAUCCAAAAUGACAGUGACGGAUAUUCUAGAUCGAUAUUUACAAAGUCAUCAAAUGAAUGGAAAUAACGAAAUGUUAGAACAAACGGUUCAGGGUCUCAAACUUUAUUUUAAUCAUACAUUGGGCAACAUGUUACUUUAUCGAUCAGAACGGAAACAAUAUGAAGAAUUAGUAUCAACAAAACCACUUGUAGAUAUCUAUGGUGGUGAACAUUUUUUACGAUUAUUUGUGGAAUUACCAACAUUGAUGAGUCAAGCUAAUGUGGAUGAUGAAACUUUGGAAAUUAUGAAAUCUACUUUUAUGGAUAUUUUGAUAUUUCUACAAGAUAAUGAAAAGGAAAUUUUCAUGAAAACUUAUCAAGCCAAUCGGAAUAGAUAAGGUUGAACAAUGAUGUCAGUCUCCAACCAUACCAUUGCGGGAAACUCAACUUCGUCAUAUAGUUAGGCACCAUAUCUUUUUCCUAUCGAUAACAAUCACCUUCCCCCCCCCCUUUCCUCCUUUAUUAUUAUUAUUACUCCAUAUUUAUUUUAUUUUUUCUGCAUACACACACUCUCUCUCUCUUUGCG